AUGAUAGCACCUCGAAAGAACCCCAUAACCAAGGAUGAGCUGAUGCGUACAAACGUAGCCAUGCUCAUCCUGGCCUCGUUAUUCAUCCUGUCACGAGUCAUCCUCCAGAUCACUAAACGCAGAGCCUUCGGAUUGCCCGACUUUUUCAUUUACCUCGCUUUUGUCCUGUUUGUUUCUAUGUGGACAUGCUACAUCGUUAUCACUCCCACCAUGUUCAGAAUUUUUGAUGCGCUUGAGGGUCUCACCCAACCGUAUGCCACAAUUUUGGAUGACGCUGGGAUGCUGCUCCGGUAUAUCACAGCCGCUCAGAUGCUGUUCUAUACGCUUCUGUUUACUGUCAAGAUGUCUUUGUUGACAUUUUACCGAAAGAUUUUGACGGGAUUACCUGCCAUAUAUGACAGAAUAUGGUGGGGUACCUUAGCGUUCUGCAUUGUGUCCUGGAUCGGCAGUAUUUUCACGAGCAUUUUCAGGAGCGAUGACCUCAAUGAAGAUCUUUCAAAAGGAAGAUUCGCUGGCACUCCAAAUGAGCAACAGAAAAUCAUCUUCAGCCUCUAUUUUGCAUACUCGGUAGAUGUGGCCACUGACCUUGCCAUCAUGUUUCUCCCCCUGUUUCUUACAUGGAACUUGCAGAUGUCUAUGAAGCGAAAAAUUGGAAUCUCCAUACUAUUUGGUAGUGGCUUCGUUUGCAUAGCUUUCGCUACGCUCCGGGUCAUACAACUGGGCAUUGAUCGCCGCGGUAAAACAAGGAUACCAGAACUUGAUUGGUCAUUUUUGUGGAAUGUGGUGGAAUGUGCAAUAUCUGUCAUUAUUGGAUGUUCUCCUGCCUUUACAGGCAUGAUUCGUAAACGAAUUGUCACCAUACCAGGACCAGCAUACGAUAAGCAAGGCUAUAUCAAACAAGUGUCUAAUGAGGUGGAGAUGGGUAUCAUGACCGGCUCUGCAAGCCAACAAAGACAAAUGGCUCGGGAUCCGUACAUGGAAUUUUUUCAAAACAGCCAGGAAGAGUUAACAAUAACCAAUAAUAACAGUCAAGAAGAGCUUACACAAACCACUGAACAUUCCGUGGCUGUACGGGCUGUUAGUUAG